CAUAUUUUGUAAAAUAGUUACUAAGAAAAUACUAGCAAUAAGAGUUAUGAGUUUAACUGCCCAAAAGUUCCAUGUAUCUUGUUGUAAAAAAGUACCACUUAACCAUCCAUAUGUUGAAAGGAAUGAGGUAAUAAAUUCUUUGGCUGGGUUAUCUAUUGUUUCAUUUGAUGAGUUCUCAGAAAGAUUUAUAAAAUCAGGAUAUUGCAAUAAUAGUAAAAAGGUAUGUGCUAAUCCAACUAUUACAAGAAACAUGAAAACAAGAAAUACCCAUGUACUUUUAAUAAUAUUUAAUAUAAUAUAAAUAUAUUUUGC